AUGGACGACUGGCCAUUCCGUAAGCUUGCGGCCGAGCUCCGCAACAAGAUCUGGGAGCUCGUGUUGAUCCACGAAGAUCCGAUCUUCGUGCGCAGCAGCGUCGAGCCCCCAGGAUCUAGGACGAAACCCGAACAUCUUACGGCUCUGCUCCAAGUCUGCAAGGAAUCGAAGAACGAAUGUUCCGAGAUGUUCUACGCGUCAAACACGUUCAUACUCGAGAGCUUCAGCGGCGCUUCCAGUCUCGACGAGGAUCUUCGCAGAUUCAUACACAAAUUGGGCAACAACGUACCGUUGGUCAAGCGGGUCAUCAUAUCUGCAGGAACGAUAGAUGUGCUGCACCGAGAUUCCUCUUGUUUCUACCGUAUUUGUUACGGUGAACUUGAUCUCCUUGGUCACUGGCGUAGUCGCCUAUCGAGUUUGCGAUUCGAAGUCCGGUUUACCAAGAAGCAUUCAGUGGAGCGAAAUACUGUGUGGGACAACGGAGGUCUACUGCUCGAUAUCGACGUCUUCGAUCUGCCUACGUCUUUUCGGCAGGCGAUGGCCAAGAUCUCGACCGCCAUGGGAGGGAAGACGGUCAAUCUCCUUGCGAUGGAGUCCAAGAUACAUUUACCGCAGUAUGACGAGCUGUGUGCCAGGCAAGAGGUACUUGGAGAGGCUACGCAAGCCAGUGGCCCAGACUUGAGUUUACAAUCAGGUGUGACUGGGCGGAAGCGCCACUUCACUACCGCGCUGUCGACAAAUCCAAUGGAGGAGUCACGAUUGGGCAAGCUCGCACCGGAGCUGCGCAAUCGCAUCUGGGAGUCCGCGGUGACCCAGGACGUCCUCAUCAGACUCAGCACCCUGAUUCGUCCAAACUGCAUCAGUUAUCUCUGGCGCCGUCCAGACGUCAGUUGGGUUUUCAAAACCUGCAAGCAAAUCCAUGUCGAAUGCGCCGACAUGUUUUACGACAACAACACAUUCCACGUGGAUGCAAACACCUUCGGCACGUGUACAGACAACCCACUCACUAUGCUCGCAACUCGAGAUGGCCCAAAGACAAAAAAUCUCACUAUGCGGGGCUUCGAUGACUUCCCACUUCCGGUAGGUAGCAGCCUCCAUGACAACCUUGCGUACGGCCAAAUGAUUGCAGAAGCCAUCCAGGAGCUGGAACCAGAGAAGCUUCUCGCGCUUGCUCCAAAUCUCCGACACUUGAGCUGGCAGGUCACGAUCUACAAAGGCGUGACUCUCGACGUCGAUCUGCGGCACUAUCGCGAGUCGCUUAGGAUGAACGUGGCCAAAGCGCGCGAGGUGGUUGCAGAUUGGAAGCAGACCGGAGACCGUUAUGUUGCGCGGCAUAUUGAGCAAGCUCUCCAACCUAUUUACGCUCUGUGA